AUGGAAUCUUUGCCGAAACAGUUUGUCUCCGCCAUGCGAACCUUAUUUGAUAUAAUGGACGACAAGAAGACAGGGUAUGUUAAAUUAACAGACAUCGAAAACCGUUGGCGAGAUGAUCGCACCAAGGGGCUUCCGCAUGGGGUAAUCGAGAGCCUUCAAAAAGUCGCAUCCCAUGACGGUUUCUUAACAUUUGAAAACUUCUGUACUGGUCUUAAAAUUUGCCUACUACGAAAUCAAGUUCAUAGCAAAACCCAUCAAGUUAACAUUGAAGAACCGGAUGAUACGAGCGUUAUUCCUCAGGCGACUUCGCAAAAUAAUCGUCCGCCAUCAGCGCCCAUUCUGGACUUGAACCAUCCUCUCGGUAGGGACAGAAAUUGGAAUUCAAUCAAAAAACCGACGUCUGAAACUCAACAUCGUACACAUAGCAUGCCUCACUUAGCAGAAACCAAAAGCCUUCAGGACAAAUCAGCCCAAGGAGUACCGUUAAUAUCAAAUCAUGAUUUAUUACAUCGGGCCUUCGGACCACCGAAGCCUCCUCGGCUGGAUAAAAAUAUAGGAAUUGAAAAUCCGGACACGAACAGAAUAUCGUCUGAAACUGAAAACAUUAGUGAAGGGAAACUAGAUAUUACCGAAAUGUCUAGAACGGUGGACAGUCAAGGCCGUGGAUUAGGAGACGGACGGUCUUCCGUUUCCGGUUCACAGUCGUAUCUCAAUAGAAGUACCGUGCGACGUAGAGAACCUCGACGACACACCCUGCACAACGGGAUCGACUAUAAUCUUAUAAAGAAAAUGAAGCAAAUUGAACAAGAAAAGGAUAUUUUGCUUCAGGGGUUAACGGCUGUCGAAGAAGCUCGCGAGUGGUAUUUGAGGCAGUUAACGGAAGUACAAGAUAAGAUACGAUACGCAGGACGAAUGGGCGCCUACGUGGAACCGUGGAACGAAGCGCACCAAGAGCGUUUGGAACUGCUACGCGCUCGAAUAUUGGAACUGAAUAGGCAGUUGGGAGCCCUGGCUUCAGCAACAGGCUGGCGCCAUUGGCCUUUAUCGCUACACAUGAAUCUAGCUCUACCUGCCACGAUAUUUAAUUCCAAUGCUACUGCCAAUAACGCUACAGUUUUAAGAUCACAAAAUCGGAUGCUGGCCGAGGAGGUAAACAGAAAAAAUGAAAGGAUAUCAGUUCUGGAAAGGGAGAAAUCAGCACUAAUCAGAGAAUUGUUACUCCAAAGAAAUAGGACAAAAAUGCUAGAUAAUUUUAGUUAA